CGCGGAAGCGCGCGCCAGUCGACGGCGAGACUUCGCCCGCGCAGCUUCCUCCGUUUGUUUUUCCCUCUCGCCAUCCAGCCGACUGGUCCGUACAUCGUCCUCGUGCGAUUUUUCCAUCGCGAUCGUAAUUGCGUGGAAUCGAGUAUCGGCCGAUCGAUCAGUUUCACGGGCGCGAGCGUCUCCGCGGAAAUAUUCGCGCAAGUGGAAGAGGGAUCCACGUGAUAGCCGCGGGAAAAUCGAGAGUGACAGCGACGUCGUUGGAUCCUCACCUCGGCAGACAGGAUCGUUUGAUGUAGAGCGAGGAGGAUGAUGAGGAUGACAAGGACGACGCGCCGAUUUUUACUGCUGCUGCUACUGCUGCUCCUGUUUCUGGUAGGGGUUUGCCAUGGAAUCCAGCAGUUUGAAGAAACGCCACAAUACACCGAGGUCAAUCCUGGCCAGGACGCCAAGCUGGUGUGUCGAGUCCUCGGGAAGAGAGGGCAGUGCAUUUGGCAGAAGGAUCAAAAGCCAAUAGGUAUGCACUUGAAGAAAUAUGAGUGGGUAGGCGCGCCUGACAUCGGCGACUGUUCGUUAUGGGUCAGAUCAGCAACGUUAGAGUUUGAUGACGGACUUUGGCAGUGCCAAGUAACCGCCAGUGAUUUCACUACGCAGGACGCGUUAGCAUCCGAACCAGCGAGGCUGGUCGUCAGAGUCAGCCCUCAGCGACCGCAGAUAGAGUACGCCGACCGUCUAAUUCUCCCCGGCAGCAACGUGACAGCCCGAGCAGGUGAGAUCGCUACGCUCACUUGCAGAGCGCGGUAUGGGAAUCCUUCGCCUCUAAUUAAAUGGUACGUGGGCGAGACCGAGAUGAGGACGUUGCGGCCCCAGGUAAACUCGACCGAGAUAGAUAAUCCGCGCACUUGGGCAACCUACAGUGUUUGCGAGAUUCUGGCUGAGCGAUCACGUUACGGGCAGCCGAUCAGAUGCGUCGCCAUCCAUCCGGCGUAUGCCAAUCCCACAAUGUCGUCCAGCAUCGAAGUGAGAUUCGACGUGCGAUACGCGCCGGAGACGAGAUUAGUCGGCGUCCCAACUGGCCAGCUCGAGGAGGGCCGCGAUCAGCUGGAAAUCCGAUGUCUCGCUGACGCUAAUCCGCCAGCUUCGAUCCUCUGGAGGAAAACCAAGAGUCCCGGGGUGACGGAAGUGGCUAGUAUCGGAGAGACCCUCAUGUUCUCUCCAAUUUACAGAAAUCAUGCCGCCGUUUACCUCUGCGAGGCGUCAAACAUCGAGGGCGAGAGCAGUCCGGUCUCGGUACAGGUGUCCGUAAAUUAUCCACCGACGAUCAGCGCAGUCGGACCGGACCGACUAACAACUGCAUUGUUGUAUUCCGGUGCAUCGUUCGAAUGCCACGCUGAUGCGAUGCCGCCGGCCGAGUACAGAUGGGCACAGAUAUUCACGGACGGCCGCAUGCCGAUGGAAUGCGGAACCGGGCAGCGAUUGAUCCUGACGAACGUGACGUACGAGCAACAGGGUCAAUACAUAUGUCUCGCCUCCAACAAGAUCAAUGGCAACAUCAGGGAAGUUAAAAGCGACCCUGUGUCCCUGCAAGUGGUCGGCGCUCCACGGGUGGUGAAGCCGACCAUCACGGAGAAGUUUGUCGUCGUGACGACGGAGGGUAGCCCGGCCAGAUUAGAGAUCAGACUGUGCUCCGACCCGAAGCCGCGGCUCGUGGCCUGGGAAUGGGGCAGCACCAGACUGCACGCCGGUGAAGUUCUGGAGCCGCGCUACCGCGCGCUCGAUCUGGAACCGCUGGCUUCGGAGGAUUGCUACACAGCGAUCUUAGAGUUGACAAGCACAGUGAAAGAGGAUCAAAGGCUGUAUCAUGUUAUCGUGGAGAACGAUCGUGGCAGUGACAGACGAGCGCUCAUGCUGAAAGUCGAUGAGCCCGGCCAGAUCCCGCUCGUUAUCGGCGCGGUGGCCGGAUUCACGGUGCUCUCGGUACUGAUAAUGGGAUUCGUUUGUUUCCUACGUUCGGAUAGAUGCUGCGUAGCCAGAAACACGGUGCCGGCGCUGCAGCAAGUGCAUUGUACAAAGGCUUCCAACGCUAUGAUAGAGGAUCCACGCUUGGCAGUGGAUACGAUGGAUCGUACGAGUCAGCAGUUCGUCCCGGAGAAGCGAGCCAAUCACGUUCUGAAGCCCGUCCCGUCGCAGCAAUACCAGCAGGAGUGUUAUCAGCACGACCCGCAACACCAGCAGCAACAUUAUCAGAGGCAUCAUCACCAUGGGCAGCCUCACGGACAAUAUACAUUGCAGGAAAAAUUCCUUCUACAGGACGAGGAACGGGACACGCUAAAUCGGAUUAAAAAAGGCAAGGAACGAGGAGCGCAAACUUUCCACCUUUUCUCCCGGAAAGAUCUCGAGGGUUUUAUAUAUAAAUAAAAUAUUGUAUUUGUUCCCGACACACACACACAUACGACCAACGUGGAAAAUGUAUAAAUAUAGACACACGUUACGUUUUAAUGUACCCGACACAAUCUACUGGGUCGUCCAAAAAUUUGUUGAUAUCUCACACACCAAGACGGUCCCCAACCUUUUUCCUCAAGAGAGCCACAUUCAAAUCUUCGUAAUGACCGGCGAGCCGGAUAAGCUUUAUUUUUGCAAAUCAUAUAAAAACAAAGUAUCUGUAUUUUAAAAUUUUAUAUUACAAAAGUCCGACGCAGCGACGACUGAGCCGCAUAAUAUAUUGUUAUAUAUAUAAUAGAUAUUAUUAUUAUUAUUAUAUAUAUAUAAAACGUCAAUUUCUUAGCGGACCGGGGUCGCAGGUUAGGUUGGGGACCCCUUACACCGAUGAAAGUAAUUAACGCGUACGCCAUCCUCGCUCACGUCUUUUUUCGCGUGCUAAAGUUUAUUAUGAUGUUACGAUCGUUGUAUAGUAUAACUAUGCGAUUAUACAGGAGACGACACACUAUCCAUUAGCGACUACUCGCGCAAGAAGUUUUUAGACGAUCCAACGUUAAAUUACAAUACUUAUGCGGUGACACGGCGUGCGGCGCGGCGCGCGCAAGCAUCGAACGUAUCACGUUCUCCGAUCGCGAUAGUCGCUUGAGUGAUUUAUGCGCUCGGUAGGGUGCAUUACGCAUGCAUUUGGUUGCAUCUAGUGUCUCGGGUGUCCCUCCACCAAUUACCGCUGUGUCCUUGUUUGUAAUUUAAUUUAGAUAGAUGUGUACAUAAGUAGAACGUGUCGACGAUAAUGCCAACCCCCCCCCCCCCGGCCUUCUUUCUUGCCGGUCGAUUGAACGCGCGCGAGAUUCUCAGUCUGUGAGUCGCAUCUCAUCCUUGUAAAAAGUAACCGGAUUAAGCUUGAAUUGAGUGGAAUUCAUUACGGCUGAAAUUGAAACGCUUAAUCGUAAACUGAAUUCCUAUCAAUUCUCUCUCCCCGCCGAGAGAGUCUCACUCAGCUCUUUCGCUUCUCGCCGGGAUAGCUCAUCUCGAUCGUUUCUGUUCUGAUUUCGCUUGCAUCCAGAAAGGAGUGUAUUCCCUGCAGCCGCGCGUCCUGCGGGAUUCAAGAACGUAAGACUGAAAUCGACCGAGAUCGCCGAAUUUUACGCUCGCACAAGUAGCAGCUCUCUUAAUGACAGACGGCCGAUCGCGCACAUCGAGAUCAUCCAAUCGUUUUUCGAAAACUUACACGGAUUAUAAGAGGAGAAUAGCUGUAAUUAAUUGUUACGCGAAAAACUCGUUACUGCCAUACAUUACCCCAUACUGCCACGUUUAAAAAUUGUAGGCGCGAUUAGCAGAUAUCGAUAUUGCAGACGUAAUUCUUUUUUUUUCUUCUUCUUUCGUUCGACCGUUGAUGUAUACUCUGAUAAUUGCGAAUAGAGAUGUGCGAACUAUUCGAAAAUUUCGAAUCUAGAUGGAUCGAAUACUAAUAAUAUACAUUGUCAAUUUUAUAAAAUCAUAUUUCCCGUUAAUAAGCAAAAGUACGAUCAUGUUAAUAGGUGCAUUCAGUAUUAUAACCGCUUACUGAACAGCUGUAGCGUUCAAAAAAGUUUAUUUCUAAUUUUUGACGUGCCCUGUGACCUUAUUAUAAAUUGUAAAUAAAAGUUUAAA